GCUGGAACCACAAGUUCAGCGUUCGGCGAUGACGUCACGGCUCCACAUCACACUCGCAGAGUAAUAGUGAGCGAGUGCGCGAGCUGGGCAGACGCGCGCCGUAGUAAAGCGCACGCUGCUAUGAAGUUGUGAGCGAGCCGCUGCCCCAGCCGCCGUGCCAGCCGCCGUGCCAGCCGCCGUCCGCUCGGGGCGACACACGAGGACGUUUUCUGAGGGGAUUUUCGGCGGUUUUCCUUCAACCGAAAGAAAUGUCGUCUGCGGCGGUCGCUGCCUCCAGAAGGCAGUCGUGUUAUUUGUGUGACUUGCCCCGCAUGCCGUGGGCCAUGAUCUGGGAUUUUACCGAGCCCGUGUGCAGAGGAUGUGUUAACUACGAGGGAGCGGACCGGAUCGAGUUCGUUAUUGAAACGGCGAGGCAGCUGAAACGAGCCCACGGGUUUCAGGAGGGCAGGUCGCCGGGACCGGGGAAACCGCUCUCGGGGAAAGACGUUCAGGCAGGAGACCCGGGCUCGCGGCCACCGCAACCACUGGACCGCUACCCCCUGUCGUCUGACCGUCCGCCCAGGCUGGGAGCAGAAUACCAACCGGGAAGGCAGACGAACGGCAUUCCCGUUCCUAACGGAUUCUCUAAACCGGACGAUCCACCGGAGCUGAACCGCCAGAGCCCCAACCCUCGAAGGACUAGCACCGUCCCCCAGAACUCCGUGCCUUUGGGGAACGGCAGCAUGCCUCCCGUCCACGCCAUUAACGGCAGGCCAGGCCCGAUUGGACUACCGGCUGGUCUCACGGCGCCCAGCCCCAUGGAGCUCGGCGGUAAGCGGCCAGCCUCCGUCUCGAGCACGGAGCACGACCGAGAGGUGAAAGACAAGCACCGGCCGGACAGCCUGACCCCGGACAUCACCGAGAGCCACAAGACCCGGGCGGAAGACUGGAUAAACAAGGGCAAAACGGUGAGAGACCUAAUGGCGCUCAGCCCUUACGACAGCAGGUUCAAAAAGGACGCCAUGCAACAAAGGAUGAUGUACGAAAGCGCCCCUGCCUCCAAAUCAGACAGGGGGAAGCAUCCCAGGAGCAUGAAGCGGAAAGCCUCUCCGGAGCCGGACGGCGAGGCCACCGCGGGGAAGCUCAACGGAGACCAGUGGCUUCCGCCGUCUGGAGACGGCAUGAAGCUUCCCGCUGCCGCGGCCCCGGCGAGCUUUGGCCCGUCCACAGCAUCCCCGCUGCCCCGCGGCACUCCGCCCGAGGCCGCGCACAACGGCCAGUCGCCCAUGGCGGCGCUCAUCCUGGCCGCGGAUAACGCGGGAGGCGGCAGCUCACCUAAGGACGCGAACCAGGUGCAUUCCACGACGCGGCGGAACAGCGGCAGCCCGCUCUCACCGUCGUCCACGAGCCAGCGGAGGGCGGCAGCGACGCGGGAAGGGUCCGGCGCGGCCACCCCGCACGCGGCGCCAGUCGACCAUACGCACCCGCAGAGCGUGCCGGACUCCUCGGUGCCCGGCGGCAUGCCGCUGUGCUGCACGCUGUGCCACGAGCGCCUCGAGGACACGCACUUCGUCCAGUGUCCCUCGGUGCCCUCGCACAAGUUCUGCUUCCCCUGCUCACGAGAGAGCAUCAAGCAGCAGGGCGCCACGGGAGAGGUGUACUGUCCGAGCGGAGAGAAGUGUCCGCUCGUGGGCUCCAACGUGCCGUGGGCGUUUAUGCAAGGCGAAAUCGCGACGAUCCUGGCGGGGGACGUGAAAGUGAAAAAGGAGCGGGACCCGUGAUUUGGACGCGCCUGAUUUCCUCGUUUUGAGAACGCGGACCUCUAUAAAUAGCCUAUAUAACUGCGAACAUCACGAACCCCACCCGAACUGAAACGACCGGACUUGUACAUACUGGACACACGAGACGUGCAUAUUUCGUAAACAUUGCUGUAUACUUUUUUUGAUUUUUGAAUACAUUGUGUUUCUAUAUUUUUGAAGAUAAAGAUAUGUACUCAUUAUACCGGAUUACGUUCCUCUGUCGAUGUUUAACGAUUUCUCGAUGUACCUUUAGGUAUGGUGGCAAUUCCUGUUAAACGUAGAAUGUGACUAAUGCAACUCUACGAGCACUUGGCACAAGUGAAAAUGCUUUUAGCUGUACUUGUAUGCACUUGUUUUAAAAAAAAACUGCCAAAUACAUUUUUUCUGAUGUUGUAUUAA